AAAGAGCGAAGACGCAGGGGAAGAUGUGGCUGAAGCUUUUUUUCUUGCUCCUCUAUUUUCUGGUCCUGUUCGUCCUGGCCAGGUUUUUUGAGGCCAUUGUGUGGUACGAAACUGGCAUCUUUGCCACCCAGCUGGUGGAUCCGGUGGCGCUCAGCUUCAAGAAGCUGAAGACCAUUCUGGAGUGCCGGGGGCUGGGGUACUCGGGGUUGCCCGAGAAGAAGGAUGUCCGGGAACUGGUGGAAAAGUCAGGUGACCUGAUGGAAGGUGAGCUUUAUUCUGCACUCAAAGAAGAAGAAGCAUCUGAAUCUGUUUCUAGUACCAAUUUCAGUGGUGAAAUGCACUUCUAUGAGCUUGUAGAAGACACAAAAGAUGGCAUCUGGCUGGUUCAGGUUAUAGCAAAUGACAGAAGUCCUUUGGUGGGUAAAAUCCACUGGGAGAAAAUGGUGAAAAAGGUGUCAAGAUUUGGAAUACGUACAGGCACGUUUAACUGUUCCAGUGACCCCAGAUACUGCAGGAGAAGAGGCUGGGUACGAUCCACACUCAUUAUGUCUGUUCCACAAACAAGUACUUCUAAAGGGAAAGUCAUGCUUAAAGAAUACAGCGGCCGCAAGAUUGAAGUAGAGCACAUUUUUAAGUGGAUAACUGCUCAUGCAGCUUCACGGAUCAAAACCAUUUAUAAUGCUGAACGUUUGAAAGAAGAAUGGAAUAAAAGUGAUCAAUACUGGGUAAAAAUAUACCUAUUUGCAAACCUUGACCAGCCCCCAGCUUUCUUCUCUGCACUAAGCAUAAAGUUUACUGGAAGAGUUGAGUUUAUUUUUGUGAAUGUGGAAAAUUGGGACAAUAAGAGUUAUAUGACAGAUAUUGGUGUAUAUAACAUGCCAUCAUACAUACUUAGAACUCCUGAAGGAAUUUACAGGUAUGGAAACCACACAGGCGAAUUUAUAUCCCUUCAGGCCAUGGACUCAUUUUUGCGCUCAUUACAACCUGAAGUAAAUGAUUUGUUUGUUUUGAGCUUGGUUCUAGUUAAUCUUAUGGCUUGGAUGGACUUAUUUAUCACACAAGGAGCUACCAUAAAACGAUUUGUGGUUCUCAUAAGCACUUUAGGGACAUAUAAUUCUCUAUUAAUUAUUUCCUGGCUACCUGUGUUGGGCUUUUUACAGCUCCCUUACUUAGAUAGCUUUUACGAGUAUAGCUUAAAAUUGUUGAGAUAUUCCAAUACAACCACGCUGGCUUCAUGGGUCAGGGCAGACUGGAUGUUUUAUUCUUCACACCCAGCCUUGUUUCUUAGUACAUACCUUGGACAUGGUUUACUAGUCGAUUACUUUGAGAAGAAGAGACGGCGCAACAACAACAAUGAUGAAGUCAAUGCCAAUAACUUAGAGUGGUUAUCAAGCCUGUGGGACUGGUACACCAGCUACCUCUUCCACCCGAUUGCUUCUUUUCAGAACUUUCCUGUAGAAUCUGAUUGGGAUGAAGACCCUGACUUGUUCUUGGAGCGAUUAGCUUUCCCUGACCUUUGGCUUCACCCUCUGAUACCAACUGAUUAUAUAAAAAACUUGCCAGUGUGGCGAUUUAAAUGUCUUGGAGUCCAGUCUGAAGAGGAGAUGUUGGAAGGUUCUCAAGAUAUUGAAAAUGACUCAGACAGUGAGAGCAUAGACACUUUUAGCAGUGAGAAGGAAGUAUUUGAAGAUAAACAAAGCGUAUUUCACAGUUCUCCAGGAAGAGCAAGUCACUGUGAUGCUGAGGCUUGUUCGUGUGCCAAUAAAUAUUGUCAGACCAGCCCUUAUGAAAGGAAGAGGCGGUCAUAUGGAUCAUACAGCACUAAUGAAGACAUGGAACCUGAUUGGUUAACUUGGCCUGCUGAUAUGCUGCACUGUACUGAAUGUGUUGUUUGCCUAGAGAAUUUUGAAAAUGGAUGUUUGCUAAUGGGGUUGCCUUGUGGUCAUGUGUUCCAUCAGAAUUGCAUUGUGAUGUGGUUGGCUGGGGGCCGACACUGUUGCCCUGUUUGCCGGUGGCCUUCUUAUAAAAAAAAGCAGCCAUAUGCACAACACCAGCCCUUGUCAAAUGAUGUCCCAUCUUAACCAUGUGCAAUUUGUCCUUUAUAAGCUUUGCGUAUCUUACAGCUUGCCUUUUUAAUGUUAGUCACAAUGUUUCUGUGGUUUGACGUUUAGUUUAAUGUUAGUGCAGUGACAGGAAAUAUACAUUUUGCUAAUGUUGAUGACAAUUAUUUGGUUGCCUUGUGUGUCAAUAUGAAUGCAUACUUAAAUGUAAAAAUUUUUAUUUACAACAUUGGAAAUUCAGAAGUUAAUGUUUUUUUGUAAGCACAAAAGAAGUAUGAUAGAAAUUUAUCCUAGCAAGACUUUACAAGGUAGGAUCAAAUUCUAAUGGAAUUGAGGCGGUUUCUUAUCCUAAAUGUUUCCUCCCUUUUUACAAUCUGUGUCCAGCACCUCUUGGUUAAAUAAUGUAUGCUCUGAGACAUGAAAUUAAAACAGACCUAUGAAAUAAAUUAUUUUAAAACCAGAA